AUGCCCUCCACGCCCGACGAGGACAACCUGUCCGAUGUCUCCUCCCCGCUCGAGUCGCCCACGAGCCCCGACAUUCCCUCGCCCUCGUCGCCACUGGCACAGCCGCCGCUCAACCGCGCCGCCUCAGCUGCGCCCUCCACCUCCGGCAUGACGGUUUCGUCGACACCAUUGGGCAAUCUCAACGCGCUCCGCAACCCGCAAAAGCCCAACCCGCCCAAGCCCAGCGGCACCAACCUGCCCCAGGAUAUCCUCGAGCGCAUGAAGGCCGUCCACAUGGGGAGGCAACGCGCCCCGCCGCCCAACCCGCGCGCGCCCCCUACGAGCGCUCAGAGUCCCCUGCCGCAGUCGCCGGGCGGCGCCUUUGUCGGUGGCGUCCCGCCGAACUUCCGUCUGCCUGGCCAGCCCGGGAAGCCGGGCAUCAGUCACUUCCCCUCCGCUCCCGCUGUGCCUAACCUGCAGAAGAGGUCGUUGGCAGAGAAGCGCGGCAUGGUUCUGCCUGGAGGCCUUCCCGGCGCGGCACCCAAUGGGAGCCCUGCGCCUGGCGGCAGGAAGAAGCCCGGCUUCACCCUGAAGGAUAUCAAUGGCGGUGUUGACGCGAAGCCCAUUGUCGGCUCGAAGAUUGACGAGUAUAACAAGUACUUGGACAAGGAAACCGGCAACCUGAACUUUGCCGGCAAAGCCACGCUGACCGGAGAGGGCGUCAAGUUCGCAAACGGCUCCACCUUCAGCAUAUCUCUGGAUGAGGUGGAAACUCUGGACGAGUUGGGCAAAGGCAACUACGGCACUGUGUACAAGGUCAGGCACGCCCGGCCGCAGAUGAGAAGACCAGGACUCGGUCUGGCUGGAAACAAAGCCUAUUCCAUGCCCGCAGUCCCUGGCUCGCCGGUGAACAAAAGCGAGUCGUCGGCCGAGUCGAGUCCGACGACCGCCAAGUCUAGUGCCGCCACGUCGGGCAAGGUCAUGGCCAUGAAGGAGAUUCGCCUGGAGUUGGAUGAUGCCAAGUUCGCCGCCAUCAUUAUGGAGCUCGACAUCCUCCACCGUUGCGUCUCGCCUUACAUCAUCGACUUUUACGGUGCCUUUUUCCAGGACGGAGCAGUGUACAUCUGCAUAGAGUUCAUGGAUGGCGGGUCGAUAGACAAGCUGUACGGCGAAGGUAUUCCCGAGAAUGUGCUGAGGAAGAUCACGCUUGCGACGACCAUGGGUCUGAAGUCUCUGAAGGACGAACACAACAUCAUUCACCGCGAUGUUAAGCCAACCAACAUCCUCAUCAACACCAGGGGCCAGGUCAAGAUUUGCGAUUUUGGUGUCAGUGGUAAUUUGGUCGCCAGUAUCGCCAAGACGAACAUUGGUUGUCAGAGCUACAUGGCUCCGGAGAGGAUAUCGAGUGGAGGUGUUGCACAAGCUGGUGCCAAUCCUGGUGGCGGUACCUACAGCGUGCAGAGCGACAUCUGGAGUCUGGGAUUAACCAUCAUCGAGUGCGCCAUGGGCAGAUACCCCUACCCGCCUGAGACGUACAACAACAUCUUCAGUCAGCUCAGCGCAAUCGUCGAUGGCGAACCCCCGGACCUCCCCGCUGAAGGUUUCUCCGAGGCAGCAAAGAACUUUGUUCGUGGCUGUCUGAACAAGAUUCCUAACCUCCGGCCCACCUAUGCCAUGCUGCUUCAACACGCGUGGCUGGCACCUCUCCUAAAGCCCGCCACCAUUUCCGAGGAGGAGGAAGAAAACGGUGAAGGAGACGAUGCCGCAGCCGGUCCUCACGUCGAUUAUACUGGGACAGAAGCACCGGAGGACCCAGAGGUCGCUCAAUGGGUUAAUGACGCCCUGGAGAAGAAGAGGGCCGGCACGCUGGCGCAAAGCCAGAAGCCCGCGCUGCAUGCUGCCCCUCUGGAUGCAGUAUCAAGCCCCCAAGGAACCCCAUCGGCUACACCCGACGUUCCACCGGUCCCUCCUGCCGAGGAGGAGUAA